UGCACUGUUCUUCAAGACUGAAGUGAUUUAUAAACUCAGCUAAACCCUAAAAAAAAAAAAAACCAUUUUUGAUCAAAGAGCGUGCGAAGAAAAUGGUCGGAACCAGAAACUUGAUCGUUCGAUCAUUGGCACUUCGUCACGCAAUCAAGAACUCUGUUCGUCCUCUCUUAACCAACACCAACCUUCAUUCCAGAAUUUCCAAAUCCUCUCUCUUCGCCGCCACACUCGCCUCUUCUUCCUACUCCACUCACCUCUCCUUCCACCAUUCCCGUUCCCUUUCCUCCGCCUCAGCUUCCCCUGGCGUUAUCCUUGUUAAUUCUGCGGAAGAGUUCAAUAAAAUCCUCAGCAAAGUUCAAGAUGACUCGUUGCACGCGAUCUUCUAUUUCACUGCUGUUUGGUGUGGACCUUGCAGGUUCAUUUCUCCUAUAGUUGGGGAGCUCAGUAACAAGUAUCCUAAUGUGGCAACUUAUAAGAUUGACAUUGAUCAGGAAGCAAUUCAAGACACAUUAAGCAGGUUGCAGAUUACAUCUGUGCCAACACUUCACUUCUUUCAAAAUGGGAAAAAGACUGAUGAACUUAUAGGCGCUGAUGUUGCGCGAUUGAAUCAUAUUACCGAGAAACUCUUCAAGAAGGACUAAGACGCUGAGGUGGGAAUUGCUGUUGGCUGAUGGAGUACUGAAUGAUAAAACUGCAACUGCUUAAGCGUACUUUAGGUGUCACUCCGGUUUAGGAGUUUGGUCUCAAAUGUCACCGCCUAACAUUGAGACGUAUUAUUUAUGGCAACCGUUUGAUGUUAUUUUAAAUCUCUACGGAACAAGAGAAAGAAUUGCAUUACUUGUGUAGGACUCGGAAUAUUUGUUAUAAUUAUAAGUUAUUUUUUAUAUCAUAUAAAAGAAUACUGUGAAGUUGAAA